GGGGGGGAGCUUCUGUCAGCUUUCGUGUGCCUGCCGUCUCGCGACAGGCGGCGGGUGUCGCGAUAGUCCUGACUGCUGUAAACCUAGCAGGUCGGUGAGGCCGCCCCGAGGCGGAUUUGGAGUCAAAGCCCAGGGGAGGCUGGGCUGGGCGGGAGUCUUUGUUUUGGGUUGGUUAUCGUGCUGCCCAAUUAGGUAGGGGGAGCAAUUAGCGAAGGGCAGGAAGUGACGGGGAGCGAGUCCGUGGUGGCGGCCGGGCCGUGUCGGUCACCUGCAGCCCCACAGCCCUGCGGGGGCAGCCCAGGGUGUCACCGCCACUAGCAGCCUGCCUGCGAGCAAAGGGAUGCAUGGGAACUGCCCUGCGCCGAACGUCUUUGGUUCACUGAAAUGAGUUGCACAAUUGAGAAAGCCUUAGCAGAUGCGAAAGCACUGGUGGAACGGCUAAGGGAACAUGACAAUGCUGCAGAAGCUCUUAUCGAACAGACUACAGCUCUUAACAAGAGGGUUGAAGCAAUGAAACAGUACCAAGAGGAAAUUCAGGAGCUCAAUGAAGUAGCAAGACAUCGUCCUCGGUCUACAUUAGUGAUGGGUAUCCAACAAGAAAACAGACAGAUUAGGGAAUUGCAACAGGAGAAUAAAGAACUACGCACGUCUCUUGAAGAACAUCAGUCUGCUUUGGAACUCAUAAUGAGCAAAUACAGAGAACAAAUGUUUAGGUUGCUUAUGGCAAGCAAAAAGGACGAUCCAAGUAUAAUAGUGAAGUUAAAAGAGCAACAUUCCAAGGAACUACAAGUGCAUGUGGACCAAAUUACAGAAAUGGCAGCAGUAAUGAGAAAAGCAAUUGAAAUUGAUGAAAAGCACGGCUGUAAAGAGCAGGAACGUAUCAUUCAGCUUGAACAAGAAAACAAAGGCUUGAGAGAAAUUCUUCAGAUAACUAGAGAAUCAUUCCUGAACCUCAAGAAAGAAGAUGCAUCAGAGAGUACAUCUCUUUCAGGAUUAGUAACAAGCAGUGAUUUGAGCCUGAGGAAAAGCUAAAGACUAUAGAAGUCAACAAGCUUUAAUUGCACACUUUACAAAUGGAAUAUCAGGGGUCACUUGUCAAGCACUUGUUACUGAAUAGGGCACCAGCAAGAUAAUGUGUCUUGAACUUCAGUUUAGUGGCUUUUUUACCAUGUGAAAUACAUUCAAAGGGGUAUUCUAUAAAAACCUUAAUGACAGAUUAAUUGCCAUAGAUCUAACUUCAGUAGGAAAUGGAUUAAUGCACUUACCAAAUUAGGAAUUAUUUUUAUAUGAAGUUAUUUUGCAAAUAAGACAUGAUUUCACAUAGUUUAUAUAAAUUACUGCAUAUACAAAACUUCAAUGCACCUACUAUACAAUAAAGACAAUUUAAUGUCUCAUCACAGCAUAACUGAGUAUGCUUUGUGCACAAUCCAUAUUGCAUUUUUCCUUUUAAAUUUUUUGAAAUUUGGAAUUUUGCAACAAGCCUGUUUAAUGGAAAGGGUGAGUAGGCACCAUAAAACUUAAACAUUUCUGUUACUUUGCCACAGGGUAUCCCGCCAGUUUAAACAUAAGCAAUGCUUUUGCCUUUGUUCAGUUUUCUUAAAUUAAAAAGAUUUUUUAAGAGAUGCAUCCUUAAUUAUAUCUUCAAAAUAUGAAAAGAACUGUUCUUUUUUGCUUUCUGGAAUACAAACAGUAUAAUUCUGGAUUAACUAUUUACUUUAUGAGAGAGAAAACCAAGCUCAGUUCUUUAUCUGUAGAAGAGUUCUAUCUACUAGACAAGUCCCACAGUAGUCCCAUCUACUUCUUGGAUUGCCUUCCCAAACUGGGAAAUAGCAAUCUGAAAGCACCCAAGCCAUAGCAGAACAAAGGUAGUUGGGGGAAGAAGGAAGGAGCUGUAUGGCAGACUUGGCAGUCUGCAAUCAAUAAUUACUGCUCCCAUCCCCCCUCUUUUUUUUUUUCCCCUAAGGACUAAAUAUUCAAGAUCUGUUUUCACUAGGAACUUUCAAUGUAUUACACAUUUACAAAUAGACUUCUCACUUUUAAUCCUAAAAUAUCAGUAGAUAUAAAAAUUAACUGGCACUUCUAGAUCAAGGCACAGCUUAUGUUGGAUUCUUGUUUGAAGCACCAAGAACAUUUCUAAUAUUGAUGUGUAUCAUGACUUUUUGUCUAACAUGCUCAUGUAUUCUUUAAUUGGAACACAGACUCGAAGCAUAGUGAAAGCUUUCAACCACAGAAAUUGAAGAGCUACAAACAGCAAGCACAGUUGAGUAUUUUGUCCAUUUAAUAUCUCACCUAGCAAAAUGAGUUGAAUUCCUUAUUUAAUCAAAUUCCAUUUUUAGUUGCAACAGUGCAGAAGGAAUUAAACACUUUCAGUGUGUCAGUUUUAAAUACAACUUGUCUCAAGAUAAAUGCACCAAAAGGUCUAAGACUGAACUUUCAGUUCCCAGUGAACUAAUUUAUAGGGAGCCUAAUGUUUUUCUUCUGGUAUUGUCAAAUGCCUUCCCAUACUGCUUAAGAGAAACAAGUGGAGUGGUGGGAAAAAGCAUCAAGCUGAGAAUAAAUGCCAGUUUUCAAUUAGCUAAUGCAUAUGCCAGGAAAUGCAGUUAUAAGAAGAGCUCAGAACAGGCAGAUAAAUCAAGCUCUCUAACAUUGUACAGCAUUUCUUGUAACUGGAGAAACUGCUAUUUCUCCUUCCAGACAGAAAGCAUCUUAACAUGUUUAUAGGUUUAAGAAUAUAUGGGGGACAUUAAGUGCAUGAAGAAAAAAGUUUUAGCUCUUUCCAAACUUGGGGGAAGUGGGGGUUUUUCAGACCAUUUUAUCUCAAGCUCAAAAUAUAGUUGUCAGCUGUUACCUAUAAAACUUUGCCAAUGCUUAUAUCAUUUAGAUUUUGCAUUUCUGCUGUAGCUUGCAAGCUGGUGACUUAGUAGAAGCAACAUCUGUUUCAAUGGAGUGUGUUUUGUUGUUGCAAACUUGGAAGAAGAUUCGGUUUCAGUUAAGUUCUUUUUCUAUACAUGUCUUUUCAGCCAUUGACUUGUAUCAAGGGCACUUACAUCCAUUUUACACUGAACGCAGUUUCAUGGCUGACCUUCUGGCUUGUCUUUCAAAUACAAUCUCCAGAGUAUAUAGAAGAGAAGGGUUGUUAGUCUGUGGCAGUUCUUUAGGGUUGCUCUAUUGUGAAAUAAUGCUUGAUUAGUGUUUAUUUUUGUAAUUUAAGAAGUGACUUAAUUUAUCUACUCCUAGUUUUCACCUUUCAUACAUCUCUUCUUCCAUUCCCCUGACCUGAUCACUUUAGGAUUUUAAAGAGCCUUCACAUGGUGUGGAGUGACUAUUUUUCAUUGCAAACCUGUUAUUUUUGUAAUGCUGAUAGCUUGAAAAGAAUUUAUGGCUAGAAUUGUGUACUGUACAGUAAACUUAUUUUAUCAAUAAAGUAAAUACAAUAAA